AUGCAGGGACAGAAGGAGAACCUCAGCCAGCGCGUCCAGGAGCUGUGUGCCAUCAUGGCCUUGCAAGAGCAAGGCAGGAAAUUUUUCACACGAUGGUGUGAGGAAAAACUCAGUCAGAACAGAGAGCUGCUCCCUGGCCUGCGGGAGGUGAUGCAGGAGGACAUGCAAGCCCUGGACAUUGUCCAGAAGUUGGAGAGAGCCCUCUCCUGCCCACAACGCAAGAAGCUCGCCGUCGCUGAGGUCUGUGCAGCACGGGAGCACUCGGACAUGGCUUUCACCAGCAGGACAGCAGAGGUAGUGACAGGCAGCAUCUGGAGGGCACAGGCUGCCCGCAGAGUCCUGGUGUUCCUGCUGAACUUGUCCAUGCAGGCAGCCCAGGAGGAGCUUCAGGCUGAGCUCCAUGACCAGGUGAAGAUGUGCGACCUGCUGCUGUCCCAGGUGAGGCAGCGGAGCCAGGUGCGGGAUGCGCUGCAGAGGUGGCUGCAGCAGCUGCAGGGCGCUGAGCUGGAUGACAACCAGCACCAGGUGCAGGUGAUUCGCCAGGUGGAGAAUGACAUUGAGAAGAUGCUGGUGAAAGGCAGGGCUGGGGAGAAGGUGACCACCCUCUACCUGGGGGUGUGGGACGUCCUCAGAAAGGAGCUGGCCCACCUGCCUAGCCACCUGGACCUCCUGUGUGGGAUGGCCAAGCUGUACCAUGGGGAGCUGGAAUUCAUGGAGUUAAUGGCCUUUGACACCCUCAGAACCACUCAUAUAACCAAGGAGGACAUGGCCAAGGUGCAAGCUCAGUUCCUCAAGGAGAGAGAGCUCAGGUUCCACUCCCUGGCCUCUGAGAAGGUUCCCAUUGACAGAGCCUGGCUGAAGGAAGCAAGGGAAAGGAUGGCGGUGAGUGGGGGCAUGGCACGGGCAGGGCUGAGGGGCAGGGGGCAGUGCCAAGCCUCCCAUGGAGAUGCUGACACAAAAGCCACCAGGAUGCAGACGGAGUACGAGGCCUGGGUGACACAGGAGGUGGAGAGGGCCAAGGCUGUGGUGCAGUGCUCCUGCCUCUGGGACAUCCCCAGCAGGCUCCUGGCACAGCAGAAGUCCUCGGUGGACCUGGAGCAGUUCAUCAAGGGGUGCAAGGAGAAGAAGCAGGAGCUGAAGGAGACACUGAAGGAGCUGGAGCUGAAGCUGGCAGAGCUGAAGUUUGGCCAGCCCCCCAACACAACCAGUUGCAGGAAGCUGGAAGAGGAGGUGAGGAUGAACCUGCAGAGGGAAGAGGCUCGUCUGGAGCAGUUGCAAGCCCAGAUGCUGAUGAACCAGGAGCUCCUGCUCGAGUAUGAAAAUGGCAUCAACUACCUCACCGCCCGCCUGCGUGGCAUCGCCGUGCCCAACCAGGAUGAUUCAGCCAAGGCCGUGGCGGUGGAGGAGAAGCUGCAGCACUGCCAGCAGAAGCUGCAGUACCUGCUGCAGAGGGUGGCAGACCUACCCCCCCACACUCACAGCCCUGAGGAGGACAAUGAGACAUUUGCAAAGGUCAGGAAUCUGUUGGAGAAAACAACCACAAACGAUCCACGGAAUCUGAAGAUCUCCUUGAAGGAGGCAGUCAGCAGCAUCCAGGGGUUUGCCACAAGGUCUGUGGGAUGCCACUGGCCCUCCAAGCUGUGCUUUCUCUUCAUGGGCACAAGGGCACCACAGAGGUGGUUCCACAGACCCUGCCAAGCUUGCUCCUCUCCACUCUCUUCUCCAGACUUUACUUUUGCUGACAAAGGCCAUGGCCUUGUCCCCACCCGGGAAUACAUCAAGAAGCAGGGGCUGCAACUGAUUGAGAGGAAGAAGAAGAGUGCCAAGAAGUAGCAGUUGCUCCAGGAGGACUUUGGGCCACCUUGGACCAGCCAUUGUACCUUUUUUUUCCCAGCAGGUUUAAUAGAUCAGAUCUUGUUCCUUCCUCCUAAGCCUCUGUUAAAGCUGGAAUGGGAGGUUCUAGGUCACUGCUGUCAAGCAGAAGGUGCUGAGGUGGGUUUGGAGGCAGCUCCAUCUCCCUGCCCCUCAGCCAGCUGCUCUCCCUGCCCAGGUGGUGCUGGGCUGGCUGGGGUCAGCUUUCCCAGCCAGGGCAAAACUGAAGGCAGGGUGAUUUUCUCAUCCUUGUUCCUGUGGGACCAACACCUUCCUGGGACCUCUGCCCCUCCAGGCCAUUCUGGGACUCCCAUGGCAUCUGUCUGAGGCAGCAGUGGGG